UUUUUUUAAUAAUAAGGAAGAGGAGAAGAAGGUGGUAGGGAGAGAGGAGGAUCACCGGGUGGAAUCCGGUGUGGAUACAACGACGACGAGGGUUGGGCCCGGUUGGAUCGAAUCGAAGGUGGAGGAGACGUCGCACGAUGAGACGGACGACGAGAGAAUGUCGCGCGGACGCCGCGGGAUUCGUCUCAGUCGUCCGACUGGUCGACCGGUGGCCGUUGAGAGCGUCGAAGAGGAACGCGUUCCGGAAAGGGUGAAGGGCAGCAGGCCGUCCUCGAUGGUGUGUCAUGAUCUGAUGGGACGAGUCAUGUCACGUGUCGUCGGGACGCUGCUCGCGCGCUCCACGCUGGUCACGAGCGUCGCCGCGGCCCUCGUCCUACUCUUCUGCUGCUGCAGGUGCACUCGCGCCAGCGAGUUUCCGGAAAGAGAAUGUUGCGACCUGAUAUUCCCGAUUCCGGAACCGACCGGGAGAUCUACGUCCGCGCCCACGCCAACGGGCAGAAGCGGAUCCGACAUCAAAGUACCGGUUGCAAUACUGAACUGUCUUUACGCGCGUCAAUUGUGCUUCGAGGAUGCAUCCUGCAGCGCCAUUCUAGAGAUCAUACCGAGAGUCUGUGGUCCAGAACUGGUGGCUUGUUCGACGGUGACAGUGACAAAGUGUCAAGCGGCCCUGCACACUCUGCAAGCUUUCCCUUUCUUCCGCCCAACGUGCCUCUGCAGGGAACCGCAUGUAGACCCGGAUUGUAACAGUUUCCAGAACUUCCUCUUCGACCACCCUUGCAUCUACGUCUUAAAGAAGGAUAAGGAUCCGAUCGACGCGCUGCCGACCUGCAAUCAUGCGCUGAGCGUCUGUUUACGCGGCAAACCGUGCAGCCAGAUUUACGAGGACUUCAAAAGCAACUGCAAAGCGCGGGAGGGGAAAUGCAGGAUGGAGAGCCGGAGCGCCUGCCACGAUUCCUGGACCCAGCUACGACUGUCACCGAUGUUCGGCUGCAUUUGUCCCAACAAUCACAUGAAAAGACGCUGCGACAGGAUUUUCUCCACGGUGAAUCACAAUCCCUGCGUUGAGUUCCUGCCCUCCUCCACCUCCGUAGACCUGUCGGGCACGGACUCGGCCCUGUAUCCGUUCGACCCGCAGCAGGAGAGCUACCAGGAGAUCUGGUUACCGCCGACCAGUAUGUACCCCUAUUUUCUGUUCCCCGGGGCCGCGCGCACCUCGUACUACGACCACGAGAGCACGUACGACGUCCAGGAGGCGGGACAGGGGCGUCAGCACGGCCACCGCCAUCAGCACGGUCGUCAUCAAGAAGCACCGGAGUUGCCUGGCAGGCCCGGUGUCCUCGUGGUCGAGACGUACGAUCCUCGUGCCGAUCGCGACGAGGACCGGCAGGAGGCUCGUGCUGGUACCGACGACGAGCAUCGGCCUCUGUACAGGGAGAAAGAUACGGAUGAUCGUGAAAUGGAGGGAUCUAAGAGCUUCUAUGAUCGCGGCUCUUCUUCUUCUUCUUCUUCUUCUUCCUCUUCUUCUUUUUCUUCUUCUUCAUCUUCUUCUUCCUCUUCUUCUUCUUCUUCUUCUUCCACGUUGUCCAAGCAUGAUCGUGCCUCCAGCACAGUGCACCUGCAGCCAAGGCACUCCCAAAGCGAGCAUGACGCGCACCUGCACCAUCAUCACCAUCACCACCAGCACCACCAGCACCACCCCGCACCACCCGCACCACCGUCCGCCGCGACGUCGUCUUCGUCUUCGUCUUCGUCUUCGUCUUCGUCCUCUUCUUCUUCUUCUUCGUCGUCGUCGUCAUCGUCGUCGUCGUCGUGGUCGAGUUAUCCGCCACCGGCUCGUCCAACGCCUACCGUGGACGAGACUAAACGAAUCGAGGGGCCCGAGCUGGUGCAUCCGAAGAAAUUCGCACCGAGGCCCACCUACGAGCACCGGGCAAUCUUCGAUCGCGCCGACGACGACCUCGAUGACGAGUUGAGGAUCGGCGCGCUACCAGUCGACCGGCUCUUCGAUCUCCGCGAGGCCUUCGAAGGGUUCGUCGACCAAGUGAAGGUCAUCUCGCAUCCGGACAACUCGACCAGCUUCGAGGUGAUCGAGUCCCAGCUCGAGAAUCCGUUGAUCGACGCCGAUCACCACGAUCUGGUUGCCAUGAAGCAGAUACCUGUUCCUGGUGGGCAUCAUCACAAAACGCAGCACAAGAGAAAUCAGACGGACGACCGUAAUCAGACGUCCUUGGUGUUGCCAUCCGCCUCCUCCGAUCUCGAUAAGAUACAGCAACCGGUCAAGAUCGUCCUCUCGAGCACUUGCCAUCAUGCUUACAAUGCUUGCAAAAACGAUCCAGAGUGCAAGGUGCUUCUCGAGCCGGUGUUGAACCAUUGCGACUCGACGAGUUGCGCGAAGAACGAGUGCAUGGAAGCGUUGCAAAACUUCUACAAAUCCGCCAACUAUAAACACUCCGUCGAGAUCGCGUUCUGCCUGUGCAGGAAAACGGAUGGAAAGAAGGACGAGUGUAUAAUCGCGCAGGAAAAAAUGCAUCCUGCCUGCGCGCAGCGAGUGGAGGGCGCGGAAAUGCCGACCUGUCACAGUUUGGCGGAAGCUUGCAAGGAGCACGAAGCAUGCAAGGCGAAAUUGGAGUACUACGAGCAAAAUUGCGCCGUGGAUAGUGUGACAAAGAAGUGUGCUGGUCCAACUGCGGAAUGCAGGAAAGCGAUGCUGGGUAUCCUUGGCACGGAAUUGCGGUCGAACUGCGCGUGCAAGGGGACGGAGCUCACGCAACUUUACGACUGUCUGGGAUGGCAGAGGCUCCUCUGGGUCAAUCCUUGCGUGGUCGAGUCCCAGAAGGAUUACCACGCGAGGAGGAAACACCAUCAUUACCCGAGGACAACGACGACUACCGUCUUGUCAACGACCAAGUCGCCAUCGGUUAGCACAACGACGGUCACAACCGUGGUCGAGCAAGUAGAGGAUAAUCAAAUACCGGAAGUGACGAGGUGGACAACCACCGAACCCACGGAAACUUGGGAAAUCACCACCACUAGCAGCACCACCAUUAGUACCACACCCACCACCACCACCACCACCACUACGCCGCCUCGCUUCUGUGUGGUUCAAAGGCCGAGGCAGAGUCACCAAUACAUAAGGGAGGGCGAAGGAAAGAGGCUGUAUCGCGAGGAUGAACCAGAAUGUUCCGAGUUGUGCCAAUGCGGCGAGGGUGAAGUUUUGAUCUGCAACACGAUCUGCGUGGAUUCAUCGCCCUGCAAGACGGACUUCGCCUUCUACAAUCACGAAGCACCGGCGUAUCAGGCGCAUCGCGGACCCUGCCUUUGCUAUAGCGGUCGUUUCAUAUGCAUGCGGCCAUCACCCGACGCUUACUCUAUACCGCACGGAGUUUUCAUGUUCCUGGGCUACAGCGAAAAGGACGAGAGUUUGCUGCGACGGCACAAUAAUCUCACCGUCCUCGACGCGGUGUCGUCCCUCGAUAACUUCAUGAGAGAAGAAGUUAACAAUCAGACAGUGUGCACGCUGUUCCUGUACAACGCGACCCGAGAGAACGUGAUUGCAGUGGCGCGUCUCGGGACUGACAAUCCACCCUUAAAUAGCAGCCAAGCUCAAAGUCUGCAGCACCUUCUGCGCGUCAAGGAGGAGUGCUUCUCGAUGCUGCAGGACCUCAGCGACAAGAUAAACAACAAGCACCACGAGGUCCACACGCACCCGUUACUGUCCAUCUUCAAGAUGGCCGAGGUCGAGGUCAAGUUGCCGUACAGCAACGAGGUCGGGUGUCUGUCGGGGUCGUCGAGCUUGCCGCUGGUCGCAAUACUCCUGCUGCUCACCCUGUUUCGAUCGGCGUCCACGUGCCUGGUCGCCUCGUGACACCAACGGCCCACAUCCGAUCCCCG